CGGCUCCGUCGGCCCAAUGGGCGCCUUUGAGGGGCGUGGCCGGAGCCGAGUGAGGCGAAGUUGUGGAGGAGGCGCCUGGUGGGGAAGAUGGCGGACUUCCUGAAAGGCUUGCCUGUCUAUAACAAAAGCAAUUUCAGCCGGUUCCAUGCAGACUCCAUAUGUAAAGCGUCAAACAGAAGGCCUUCCGUUUACCUCCCCACUCGAGAAUACCCCUCAGAACAAAUCAUUGUAACAGAAAAGACAAAUAUACUCCUGCGUUACCUACAUCAGCAGUGGGACAAAAAGAACGCGGCGAAGAAGCGAGACCCCGAACAAGUGGAGAUCGAAGGCGAGAACUCGGCUCCUCCUCGCAAAAUCGCCCGGACAGAUAGCCAAGACAUGAAUGAGGACACUUAAAAAACGACGACACAAAAAAACACAAAACACUCUUGCGUUUGUUUGCCUUCGGCGUUGUUUCACCUUUCCAGGCACUUCCCGUGCGGGGUCCCGAUUAUGGUUCAUUGUAUUGUUAUUAUUAAUACUAAUAAUAAUAAUAUUUCCGGUCUUUUGAACACCCACAAACGCAUUCCCCUUUCCCUCCGUUCUCGGUUUGCACCACUUAGGAGCUGAUUCGUAUUUAUUCUGAGGGGGGAGAGAAGGGGGAGCCCUUCUGUGUUUUUAUUCAUGAUUAUUUAUAUGCGCUUGCUCGCUCCCGUGUUGAAAAUGUCACAGGCGGCCCUUUAAUUACGUAAUCAAAUUCUCCUCUUUUGGGGAAGUUCCCCCUCUUAUUUUAGGCGCAUCGGAGCUGAUUCAAAGCCUCCUGAAAAUCCAAAUUGUUCGGAUUCCUCCAGAUGCCUUUCGAGAGCAGGGAUGCCAAGAUGCCCCCCCCCCCAGUUUUGCUUUUUCCUUGACAGAUGUGUGGCCCCCUUUUGUCUCAGUUUCUCCCAGAAUUUGGUAGCCCUUUGAUCAUAGGUUUGCAAGCCAGACAAAAGGAAAGAAAGACCUCACGAUCCCGCCGUUUCCCCUCCCCUUCUCUCUUUGUCUCAUGCACCAGUCUUUGAAUGGACCAGAUCUGUAGAAUAAAGAAGGAUAUUUCUCACUG